AUGGUGCCGGACAGUGAAAUCGGGCUAGCAAUUCUGUACGCUUCGACGGAUAAGUUCUGCAAUCCGGAUUACAGCUUCGCAUCGAACGUGGAAGUUGGUGAGCCGUUCGGACCAGCCGUAAGCAUCACAGAAGUGCUGGCCAACGGCACCGAAGAUCCUACGGCAGCUUCAAACGUGCAAGCUGGAAACGCAGUCGUUCACACUAUCCCCGAGACGCAACCCGCCAGCGGGUACAUCGAAUCCAUGCACUACACCGGACCGCCGGUUUCGCUUCCAUCGAGUUCCAUUACAUCGGAACCGGAGGAGCCUGCUCUUGUCACACGACGACUAUCGAAACGGUUGGCCGUUUCGGAGAAGGCAGCUGAAAAGCAAACUGAUGAUGACGCAGCUAGUGUGUCGCCGAAAUCGAAACGACCCAGGAAGAACUGCGCUGCUAACGUGAGUGAGUCUUCGACGAAACCGAAAUCAACGAUGAUUGACAGUAGUGAACAUGUUCCGGCGGCUACUGAAAAUAAGGUGACCGAAACACCACUAUCGCAAAUUCCAGCAUCACGUUCUUCAUCAUCGCACCUAGCGUCUUCGGGAUUUUUGGCGGUGAAUCGUCAACCAGAGAAAGCACCAAAGGUGGCACACAAAAGACCGAAUCUAGAGCUGGACGACGAUCCCGAUGCUCUGUUCAAUUUUGGCGAGGUUGGUCAGAGGAAAAACCCACGCCUCAGACGUAAUACAUCUCUGGCCAGUACUAGCCAAGUGCCAUCGCAGAACAACAACCGACUGGUUGGUUCUGCACGGUCGAGCAAUGUGGCGCCGAACAAUAGCGAUCUGUUCGCGUUCAACGAUCAAGAACUAUCCACUCAGCGCACCUCAAAGCGACAGUUAGGAUCCACGACUGCCGUUUCCGUUGCCAAUUCGUUCAAUAACCCAAGCAACACCAAUGGGACCGACUGGUUAAAACUGCCUCCCGGCAAUGAUCCAUCGUUCUUUCGAUAUCAGAAGCAUAUCAAGCCGCUUCCGUUGUCCGCAUCGGCGUGGCUGACGAAGGUAGAUCCCGAUGAUUGCUCCGUGAAAAUCAAGCAAGAAGAGUACGAUGCAAGUAGCUACACUGGCAAGUGGCUCGACGAUAUACGCGACAUCACUUGUGUAACUGAAGUAAGUAUGAAGCUAGUGCCUCAUCGACCACCGGAAAACGGCUGUGGAGAACGUUCGUACAUUACACCGAAUGAAGGGAAAAACUUCAAAGCUUUCGUAAAGAAACAGAAUUACCUGUCGCAGAGAACCACCCCGGUUGCGCCCCUGCGAUGCGUUUGUCCUUCUGAGGAUUGCGAGUAAAUUUGAGUUGAAAUUGUUUAACUCAUUAAAUACAAAUAAACUUCUUCGCUGUUCAGGC